AUGAUCUCUAUGUAAAAAGUGAAUUAAAUAAAACCAACAGAUUAGUUUCUCGAAGAACAACUAUUUAUUGAAGAAACCCAAUCUAAUAAUAAGAAUUUAAUAAACACUAAAAAAAUCUAAGGAUUAUAGUUACCAAUUAAAAAAUAAAAAGGUUAGGAAAGGAAUUUGAAGAACUUUCCAAAAUUGAUUGGAAAUAAUCUGUGCAAAUAUGCCACAUAUAAUUCCUCAAAACAUCCCAAAGGGAUAUAAGAAAUGAUCAAAAAAAAGACGGCACAUCAAUAAGUAGGUUUCAAGAUUGCAGAUUUGAGACAGGUUUGCCUAUCAGAUGGAGAAUCAUAGAAAUUAUUUCAAAUUUAUUUGAAAAAUUAAUUGCUAUUAGAUUUGAUUUAUAGUCCUAAAAUUAAUGAUCCUUUGGCUUAUAUAACUGGGAUAUGUAACUAUUAUGCAGCUAGUUUUGUACCAUAGAAAAUGGUUGGAAGCUACAUCAUUAAAUGA